AUGGCCUCGUCGGCCUCGUCAGACCAAGCUUCGGGCUACUCGGUGACACCCACUCAAGGCCGCUUCAAUAUCCGCCAUGGAUCGCGGAAAAGUGAUGACUUCUCCACCUCUCAGCGACCCUUCAUGAAAGAUGGCCGCUCGCUAUCCGGCGGAAGCGCCCAGUAUGGCCAGAAGGCUUUCAUGCCCGCUUUCACUCCUGCCAACCCUCCAGGAAGUUUUAGCACGGAUAUGAAAAACACCACCCAUUCGGGAAGGACUACUCCGCAGACGGAAGUGGCAGGCGUCACCUUUGCCCGCCUGCAACCGCAAUACAAGGAUGCAGACGCUCUUACUACCUCGGAGCAGCGACAAGCUGCGGUUCGUGAUAAAAUUGCAAAGGAGAUGAAAAUAAAGCUGGGCACGGAGAACAUGCUCGAAGCGUUGCUGAGCAAGAACAACAAACAGACCAAGGAACAGCGGCAGAAGGUCGAGAUGGAGUUGGGCUCUUCCAACAGGAAACUGGCCGAACUGAAGCAAGAACUUGACCAGGAGAUCAUGCGUUCUCAGACUCCGACCACCCCUCCAAACAACCGGCUUACCAGUUAUUUUCGAGGUAGCCCCCUGAAGUCUCCUCCGCUGGGACAAGAUCAAGCCCCUGACCUCACCGAGUCGAUUGACAGCGAAUCACCCACGGUCGUGCUAACAGAGACGCUUCAACAGCUCGAGGCGGACGGAAUGCCACCGGACUAUUACAUCGAACGCGCAAAUACUCUGGUCGACCUUUUGAAGCGCAAUCCUGGCCUGAAGUAUGACCUAGCCUGGAAAGUCUUCAGCGAGAGAGUCCAGAUGAUGCUGCUCAGCGAAAGCUCUGAUGUUGUGGCGGCAGGUUACAGAUUGACUCGACACGCUAUCGCCGAUCGGAAAUCGCUGCAGACCAUCCGGACACUCCAUACGGACGAAUUGGUCAUUCUCUCUCUGGUCAAGAAGGCCAACGCUGUGCUGGAACGCGAGCAAGCAAUCAAAUUUGUGCGUGCUUUUUUGGACGUCAAAGACGGCGUUUACGAGAUUUCGCGUGCCGUUGUGCGGAGUCUGGUAGCAGUUGCUGAAACAUAUGAGGACCGACUGAGAGAUAUCUGCUUGGUGACGUUGGCCGAGCUCCUUAUGAAACAUACCGAACUGGUCGUCGUAGCAAACGGCAUGAGCACUCUCACGGAGGCGCUUGCAGAUGGCUCUUUCCCUGCGCCCGAGGGCCUAGUCGCAAGCUUUCUUCACAUCCUGGACCAUCCACAGCAACGCAAGUUCUUGCACACUGGCCGAGAGUUUGAGGCAAUGUUCGCUCCAUUCACGGAUCCCUUGUUGCUGAGCGGCAACGAGGAGAAGUUGAAGACAUGCGCCCAGGCCAUUGCAGCAAUGCUCAAGACUUGGCCCGGCUUCCUCCUUCUGUCGAUGAAUGGCGCUUCUCCCCUUCGAUCUCUAAUUGAUUCGCUGGUCUAUCCCAUAACGCAAUCCCGAGAUAUUGUGUUGGAGCUCUUUUUCGACAUCCUCCGCAUCAAGCCCCCUUCCUGGUCUACAUCAUUUCUGGCUGGCCGUAGGUUGACAACCUACGGGAGAGUCAACACUUCGCAGGUGGAGCAACCGUCCCAGAGACAACUAGCAGAAUAUAAUGCAGAGGGGAGGUUUGACCUGACGUAUCACUUCUCGGCAUUCGUGCUGGCGGCACUAGUGAAAGCUGGCUUGAUUCCUGCCCUGGUGGAUCUGAUCAAAAUCGAAGAAGACCUAGCACUGAAAAGAAAGGCGACUCUUUUGCUGACUGAGGUUCUGAAACUCGCACAUCAUUCCCUACCCGAGAGCAUCAGUUCAAGCAUCCAGGUACUUGGGGAUCUGGUGCCCAGCGGCUUUGACUAUGACUCCGAAAAGACCGCUCUAAAUAUGAGUAUGAUCUACCAGAUCGAAAGCAUCAACCGAGCACUUAACAGGGCCUCAGCUUCCACAUUCGGAAGAAUCGAACAGGUCGACGAACUAGCUGUCGGCCCCCAGACUGUUGAGAGAACGAAGUUUACCGCCAUGAUGGACGGAGAUCAGUUCCGACAGGCCAUGGCCGAUAGCCAGGUCACGGGUCAUUCGCAAUACAUCAAAUGGAAAUGGGAACUGAUUCAAGGCUUGGUCGAAGGGCCGUUGACCAAUCCAAAGAGACUUGAGGAAGCCAUCAGGUCCCCGAAAUUCAUGAAGAGGCUGGUAGGGUUCUUCCGACCGUUCAAAUACCGGUUCUCGACAAUUAGAAACACAAGACCAAACCAGCGAUAUAUUCGCACUGGCUGUGCUUUGAUGCGGACACUGACCCAAACCUCGCUAGGCGUACAAUACCUCGCCGAGAACAAAUUGUUGCGGCAAAUCGGUGAAUGCCUCGCCCAGGUCGAUCCGCAUAGCGGCAUCACUUCAUCCAACCCAUUGUUCGAACGGCACAACAUGGCCGAGACACUCAGUGGGGGCUAUUUUGCUAUGCUUGGUGCCCUGAGCCAUUCUGCGGAGGGCAUGCGUCUAAUGGAACAGUGGCACAUGAUGGACAUUUUCUACCACCUUGUUGAACUCAAAGAUCGAGACGACUUGAUCCGGGCACUUCUUGGCAAUAUGGACUACACACUGGACACGCAUCUUCGGGUUAUCCUGUCGAAAGCACUGACCUCUGGCGUCAAAGACAUCCGGCUCUUCGCGACCAAACUGCUUCGACGUUAUGCGGUAGGUCGCGUUCAGUAUUCAUCAGGGCUACAAGAUCGCUCAAGCUCGCAUUGGGCUCUUCGACUGGUUCUUACGCAACUAUACGACCCAGACGUCGAAGUCGGCGAGGUAGCCGUCAAAAUCCUCGAAGAGGCCUGCAAUCAAAGAAGCCAUUUGGAGUACGUGGUCAAAUGCAGGCCAUCACUGGAUCAUCUCGGCGAGAUUGGCGCUCCUCUUCUAUUACGUUUUCUCUCGACCUCUGUCGGCUACCGAUAUCUCAGCGGGCUUGACUAUAUCACACAGGAAAUGGACGACUGGUUCCUCGGGCGAAAUGAUGCAUAUGUGGCUUUAGUGGAGGCUUCAAUUCUUCGAGCAUACAUGGACGGCAGUACCAAUAAGGUACAUUUCCACGAAGAUGCGACCGUCGAUCUGCACGAGGUUGGAAUUGCACCUCCCCACUUCUACCGAGAACUGGCCCGGACACACGAAGGUUGCCGACUGCUGAAGCAGUCUGGACACUUCUACGAGUUCUCAUCCACGAUCCGGGAUUUCCACCUUGACGAAGAAGAUCCAGAGACACUGAUCAAGGUAAAAGGGUGCAUGUGGGCAGUUGGCAACAUUGGUUCGAUGGACCUUGGUGCACCGUUUCUGGAAGAGGCAGAUGUGGUUACCACUAUCGUCAGAAUUGCAGAAGGCGCCCAGGUACUGUCGAUGCGCGGUACCGCAUGUUUUGUUCUGGGCUUGAUAUCACGGACUCUUCAUGGUUUCGAGUUGCUCGCCGAAAAUGGGUGGGACACCACGGUGGAUCCCCGAGGACGCUCGCUUGGUCUCUGUCUGCCUCGUAAUUUGGAGGUCUUGUGUCUGAAAUCGGUUGGUUCUGCCACGGUGCCGCAAUCACCAUCCGCCGAGAACGACGCCAAGUACAAGGCUGCCACGACGGACGAAAACCCGGUUAGGGCCAAGAUUCUCAAAUCCAUUGUCGAGAUGGGCAACUCAGUCAUGUACAAGAAGGCUGCGGGAGACCUUCACACGCUGAAAACGAGACAACCCAGCCACUUCGGCGACACGGAGAUGUUUCGGAAGACGCUGGUCAUCUUGGAGAGCCAUCAUUACCGGCUGCAGGCACGUCACUACAUUCUCAACCUCUUCAAUAAGGGUCUGAUGCGAAAGAUUAUUUUUGACGAGGAGAUGGGAGACUCGACCGAGUCGGAUACGGGGUAG